GAAUAGAUUGCAAAAGAACCAAAAAAUGUCUCCAAUUUCUCCAUUGAAGAGAGAUAUUGUACGCACUUCUUCCUCUUCCCCACAGGAUGUUAGAGCUCCAACAUCAUGGAUAUAUCUAUGCAUUCGUACAUGCGUACGUCCACAUGUAUUUCUACAGUGUGUGUAUAUAUACACAAAAAUAUAUGUACUCUCAAAAGCAAUAGAGAGCUUCUAUUUACACCAAGCGUUUUUUGUUAUUCGCCUUGAAAUGGACACUUCAAGUUCAAGGUGGUUGUCACUAUUAAGAACAUGUAAUAAUAACUCCAAGUUCUUGAAACAAGUUCACCAGAGAAUACUCGCACUCGGGUUGCAAACUAACGUUGUCCUCUGCAAAAGCCUCAUCAAUGGCUACUUCUCCAUUAAGGACCACAUUUCUGCGAGACAUGUCUUUGAAGCCCUCGACAACCCAUUGCCGAUCUCCUUGUGGAACUCCCUCAUGUCUGGUUACACCAAGAGCUUCAUGUUCCUCGACGCUCUCGAGGUUUUCGGCAGAUUGGUGCAGUACCCUUUUUGCGUGGCUGAUUCUUACACAUACCCAAAUGUCCUGAAGGCUUGUGGCGCCACCGGUAAGGAGUUAUACGGUAGGAUGCUUCAUGCCCUUUUGCUGAAAAAUGGGCAUCUCUCUGAUGUCGUGGUGGCUAGCUCUCUGGUCGGAAUGUAUGCCAAGUGUAACUUGUUCGAAUGUUCGGUCCAAGUGUUCGACGAAAUGACUGAGAGAGAUGUGGCGUCUUGGAACACGAUAAUAUCCUGUUAUUAUCAAAGCGGGGAGGCCGAUAGGGCUCUGGAGAUGUUUGGUAGAAUGAAAGGCUUUGGCUUUGAGCCGAAUUCAGUUACACUGACGGUAGCCAUCUCUGCAUGUUCAAGGCUGUUGGAUUUGGAGAGAGGGAAGGCGGUUCACAGAGAUUGUCUGAAUAAAGGGCUCGUGUCGGAUGAGUACGUAAGCUCUGCUCUUGUGGACAUGUAUGGGAAAUGUGGCUGCUUGGAGAUGGCUAGAGAGGUUUUUGAACACAUGCCAAGAAAGAAUGUGAUUGCUUGGAAUUCAAUGAUCCAAGGUUAUUCUCCAGAAGGACAUAGCCAAUCCUGCAUUGAGCUCCUUAAUAGAAUGAUAAUAGAAGGAACACGGCCGAGUGAGACAACCUUAACCAGCAUUCUGAUGGCCUGUUCUCGGUCAUCUAAUCUUCGACAUGGAAAAUUCGUACAUGGAUACUUGAUCAGGAAUGUCGUGGAAGCAGAUUCUUUCGUAAACUGCUCCCUUAUCGACCUUUACUUCAAAUGUGGUGAGGUAAAGCUGGCUGAGACAGUGUUUGUGAAUACUCAGAAGAAGAUUGUUGCUUCAUGGAAUGUUAUGAUCUCUGGGUAUGUCGGUGUAGGUAUGUGGGUUGAGGCUUUUGCAGUGUAUGACCAAAUGGCAGGUGCUGGUGUGAACCCAGAUGUUGUGACUUUCACGAGUGUCUUACCCGCUUGUUCUCAACUGGCUGCACUCGAGAAAGGCAGGCAGAUUCACUUGUUCAUCAAUGAGAACAAGCUCGAAAGAGAUGAGUUGGUGAUGGGUGCUCUUCUUGACAUGUACUCUAAAUGUGGUGACAUGAAAGAAGCUUCUAGAAUCUUCGACAGUUUGCCGAAGAAAGAUGUCGUUUCUUGGACCGCAAUGAUAGCUGCAUAUGGAUCUCACGGAAAAGCUACAGAAGCUCUAAAGCUUUUCGAUGAAAUGCAGAAACUUGGUGCAAAACCGGACGGGGUAACAUUUCUUGCAGUGUUAUCAGCAUGUGGUCAUGGUGGGUUAGUUGAUGAUGGGGUCAAGAGUUUCAGACAUAUGAGAACUGAAUACGGAAUCAAACCAGGUAUUGAACAUUAUUCAUGUUUGAUUGAUCUUUUGGGAAGAGCUGGCCGUUUGCUUGAAGCUUAUGAAGUUCUGCAAGAGAAUCCAGAGACGAGAGAGAAUGCAGGGCUACUGAGCACUCUCUUCUCUGCAUGUUGCUUGCACCAUAACCAUGACUUGGGAGAGAAAAUUGCAAGGUUGCUUAUGGACAAGGAUCCAAAUGAUGCAUCCACUUACAUUGUAUUGUCCAAUCUAUAUGCUUCUGGUGGGAGAUGGGAUGAAGUGAGGCACGUAAGAAAGAAGAUGAAAGAACUGAGACUGCAGAAGAAACGGGGCUGCAGUUGGAUUGAGAUUGAUCAACAAGUAUGGCCAUUCUUAGCAGAGGACAUGUCUCAUCCAAAGGCUGACAAGAUUUAUGAUUGUCUUGCCCUUCUGAGUGAUCACAUGGAGGAGGCAGAAGUCUCAUUGUCUUAAGGUCCCUUUACAAGAAGCAUC